GAGGAAAGCAGGCGCAGAUAGAAUAUCUACUAACACGCAGGCGUUCUGACUCAGAUGAGCACUUCUCGUGCUGUAGGAGGCGCUGUGAGCAUAUCUUAGUCCAGUAAAUCCACCGGUAAAAGCGCUGAAGAAGGAAAGACGGUUGGAGCGCUUAUAGUCUCGAUGUUGAGCAUGAAAGCGCAGGUGGAUGUGGUCUGCUGUAAAUCAGUAGGAACUGAUCUGUCCAUGCUGGAUAUUGAGGAUUUCAUCACAGAAAUCUGUCAGCUGAAGAAAGAGGUGGCUUCACUGGAGGCAAAGCUGAGAGAAAGAGGAGACAAACUGAACAGAGAGGAUGUGGAGCAGGUUUCAGUGCGUGUGACUGAUGGGACAGAAGCUCAGGAUUCAGUCUGGAGCGUCAGAGAUCAGAGAUCCAGAGACACACAGGACUCAGAGCUCAGCCUCACUUUACUCUGUUAUACUGACGCUCAGGAUCAUGAAUCCACUGAUCAAACCUCUGACUGUAACGCUGGAGAACAUGAUCAGAUUUGCUGUGCCUAUGACGAAGGCUGUUCAUCUUCUGACGGAGAAACAGACUUAACAUCAAAAGAGCAGCUGACGGUCAAGAGUUUCUCCUGCGCCACCUGUGGAAAAACACUGAGUUCACAGGGAAACCUAACGAGACACGAGAGACAACACACAGAACAGAAAUACUUCACUAACACCAGCUUUCCUACCGCAGAAGAGAGGAGACUUCAUUCAAAAGAGCACAGCAUGAAGAAGGAGUUUCACUGUGAACAGUGCGGGAAGGGUUUUUUCAUUCAUUCUAGUCUAAAAGUUCACUUGAAGACUCACGGUGAAAAGUCUUUCCACUGCAGCGAAUGUGACAAGUAUUUCAGCACCAAAGGAAAUCUUGUUGCUCAUAAGCGAAUCCACACGGGAGAAAGACCAUACAAGUGUCCUCACUGCGAGAAGAGCUUCAAUCAUGGAUCUCAUCUGAAGACACAUGUGCGUGUUCACACCAAUGAGAGGCCGUAUCAGUGCAGUGAAUGUGGGAAAACCUUUACAGACUCAAGCUGUCUAAAGUCACACCAGAAAAUACACUCUGAUGAGAAACCGUUUCAGUGCAAACACUGCGACAAACGAUUCCGUCACAAGUCCUUCCUGAUUUGUCAUGAGAGGAAUCACACUGGAGAGAAACCAUAUCUGUGCUCCUACUGCGGGAAGAGCUUUGCUAGUCCAGUUCAUUUUGGACUUCAUCAGAGAGUCCACACUGGAGAAAAACCGUAUCACUGCAGCGUCUGUGGGAAAAGUUUCAGUAAGGUUGAUACUUUACAAAAGCACAAGAGGAUUCAUACCGGAGAAAGACCGUUCAAAUGCUCACAGUGUGACAAGACGUUUGCUCGAUCAGACAUCCUUAAU